AUGUCGAUAUGGGUGGGUUACACAGAACCACAACCACAUUUAUGGCUAAAAACGAUCAUCAAUGAACUGGAUCACAUUAAAAAACAAGAAGCUGUGCGUAGUCAAUUUCGAAUCAGUAAACAUCAUUAUCCAACUUUUUAUAAAGAAAUAAUUCAACAAACAUUAGCUGAUUGUCUUUAUAAUGAAGGACCAAGAAAAGAAAAAAGACAAACAGUACAACAGCAACAACAAACGGUAGAGCAACCGGUAACAACGCCAGCUACUGCUCCAAUAACGUCCCAUCAUCAUCCCAUGAUCAUCAUCCGACUAAUGAUUAUUAUACAAUCGGAUAAGGAUAUUUAA